UCUACUGGCAAUGAAGCGAGAGACUCAAUCACAAAAAGAUUUUAAUGAUAAAGAUUUGGAGUAUUUGGUUGCCCAAGCUGCUCUAUUUCAGACAGCUGGAUUUGAGACAAGUUCAUCUACUAUGACAAUGACGCUCUUUGAGUUAGUACACAAUACUGCGAUCCAAGAUCGACUUCGCUCGGAGAUAAAGGAAUACUUCGGGUAUGAGGACCACAUCAGCUAUGAACGUUUACAGGAAAUGGCUUAUCUUGGUCAAGUUGUCAAUGAGACUUUGAGAAAGUAUCUUAUCGCUGGCUUCGUUGAACGAGAAUGCGCCCAACCGCAAUCAGGAGAAAAGUUUACUCUAAAGCCUCACUAUGAUUUUAAGGUGCCGAGUGGCAUGCCCUUUUAUGUCUCUAUUCUGGAGAUACAACGAGAUGAGAAAGUGAACAUAUGUCUUAAGGUUCCAAUAAAAUAUUGGCCAGAUCCUGAGAAAUAUGAUCCAGAUCGCUUUGCCCCAGAGAACCGUGAUAAAAUCAACAUGGAUGCCUAUAUGCCUUUUGGGAUCGGUCCCCGCAAUUGCAUUGGCAUGAGACUUGGACUUCUGCAGGCUAAACUAGGUUUAGUUAAUUUGUUGCACAAUCACAGUGUAGCUAAGUGUGAUAAGACAAUUGACUCCUUUAAAUUUGAUGUAAAAACUCCAAUUAUUGCAAGCAAUGUGGACAUCUAUGUUCGACUACAAAAGGAUUGA